ACGCGCUACACACGGCGGCACGAUCGCCCCCCUCCCCUACCGUACCGACUUCCCUUCCUUCCUCCUCGCACGCGCACGCGCACGCGCCGCGGGACACCGGGACAGGACAACGCGUCCGUCCCUCCCGGAGCAACUUCCCCUGCCUGCCUCUCUCCCUCUCCUUCUUCCUCCCCUGCCUCCCAAUGCUCAGUACAAAAUCUCGACUACUUGCUUUUCUCUUUCGCGCGCGCCGUCAGAAACUGCCUCCGCAGGAGGGAGGAGAGGAGGGGGUGUUGUGCCGUGGUCGAUACUCUGAAGAUUGAUUCCGGUCCGCCGGCAACAUGAGGUUCAGGAUCCGGAAGAAGCCUGCGUCCGCGCCGCCGGACGCUUCUUCCACGGCCGCCGUGCCGGACACCGCGGCCGGCGGCGGCCGGGCGACGAUCAGUAUCGUCGCUAGCCCAGAUCGCUACGGCACAGAGAAUGGAGGAAGCAGAGAUGAGUCGUUCUUCGAGGCAAGGCCGUGGUUAGACUCGGACAGUGAAGAUGAUUUCCAAAGCGUGAGAGGAGACUUCACUCCUUCAAGAGGUAGCACACCAGAUCACCAGACGCAAACAUCAUUCGCAGCGCGGAUAUCUGCGGACAUUCCUUCGCUGACAGAGAAGAAGCAGAGGCUCCUUGAGCUGCUACAGGAAAAGCAGCAGUACGAUGACGAGCAUGAUGCCACUACUGAUGCCGGUAGCGAGACAGGGAACAACAUUCAUGCUGAAGAACAUCUGAAUCCUUCUGGGAAAGUAGGGAAAGCAAAGAAGCCAGCCAAGCCAGGUUGCUUCGCUUGCUCUGCUUGGAAGCUUAGCUUCAAGUGCUGCCGGAAGAAGAAGAAAGAGCAGAAGGAUUUGUGAGUUAGUUCUCAGGUGUUGGAUUUUGACUUCUUGAAAAAUAUUAUCGCAAGAGAGCUGGUACAUGUAUAUACCUUUUUUGGGGGUGAAUGAAAUACCGCAACUAGAAGAAGUAUGAGGAGUGUGGAGUGGCCUGUUCAAUAGUGGCAUGAAUAGUGAAACAAUUAUGCAGGGUAAAAUAUAUAGCAUACAUGAUUACUUCCUGUUU